CGUUUGCAGUGAAUCAACUUUUCGCUAUAACCUUAAAGUUUUUCCAAAAUAAAGCAAUAAGUGUAAUAGUUCGUGCAUAAAAAAGGUUUAUAUCUGCCAUUUGUGUGCAAUUAUGACCGAUAGUGACGAUAUAAAAAUUGUCGUAAUAAGUGACGAAGAAUUUAAAAUUGUCGUAAACGCAGAAGAUGAGAAUCUUAUUAAAUAUGUUUACGAUUUAAGCAAAGAAAUGAAUAUCGAAGGUGCACAUGGGGUUAUAGGGAACGAACUCGAACUUAUCGCGUUGGUUCGCAAUUGCAAUUUCCUCUAUGACAAAACUCUUUCGGAUUUUAAGGAUAUUCGUAAAAAGAAUGUCGCAUGGAGUGCUAUCGCAAACGUCCUUCACUGUACAGUGGACGAGGUGAAGCGGAGAUGGCACAGUCUAAGAGAAGCCUAUAAUAGAUAUAAAAAAGACGCAGAACUGGGAGAUGCUAACAGGGAUUCAAUUCAGUGGGAAUUUUACGAAGACAUGAAAUUCAUAGAUCCUUUCAUUUAUCCGAGAUGCACAUUUGGUACACUUGUCAGCGAUAAUGAAGAUGAAAACAAUGAUGGGGGAGAAACUGCAAAUCAUACAUCUGAGGACAUCCAAUUUAUUUUGUUGGUACAAUCACGACCUAUAUUAUAUGAUAAAAACCAUCCACAAUAUAAAGCAAAGAAGGUGAAAGCAGAAGUGUGGAACGAAGUUGCCAAAGAGAUCAAUCUGACAGCAAAUGAAUGUGAACAAAGAUGGAAAAGUUUACGGGAACGCUAUGGGAGAGAACGUAAAUUGAGACACGUGGACCAGAACAGAAAGAAGUGGGUUUACUUCGAUAUAUUAAAUUUUUUAGACGGCCACAUAAAAGCUCGCAGGCCUUCAUCGUUUCGCUCAAUUUUACCAAAAAUUGAUAACACAAACAACUUGGCAAUAAUUAGUCCCAUGAACAGUCGUACCGUCUUGCUGAACAUGUCGCCUUUACAUACUGAACCGAGAGAAGAAAGUGUGGAGACGCACACCGAUGUGGAUCAAGUGGAAUUUAUUGAUACUUCCAACACUACACAUUCGCCAACAACGCACUAUUCAAAGGAGGCAAAUUCUGUUGAACAAAGUCGAUCCAUGCUAAAUGAUGAAGAUGAGUUAUUCGGACAAUCCAUAUCGGCCGAAUUGAGACGUAUGCCCAGUGGAAAGAAAAAAAUGAAAAUUAAGGCCGAAAUUUAUAAAAUUUUAUAUGAAAAUGAAAGCGAUUAGUAAUUAUUAUAAGCAUUUUUCUUUAAACUGUCUGUGUAAAGUAUUAUAAGAAUAAAAAGGUUAGUGUAUUGGUUUAGUAAA